AUGUACGUGGAACCCACACUCUUGUUCAACUACACGUAUCCGGUCUACGCGCCACUGUUCCAUUAUGUGCCCAAUAGGUUCCAAUUUCGUGCCAAUGACACUCCUUCAAUCUACUCGCCCGUAGAUACCACCAGUGGAGGGCCGACCAAGUUCCCGGGUACAAACUGGACGCUCACCUUUGACAAUGGCGACUCGCAGUACCAGUCGGCUGGCGCAGCAGGGAUCGGCAACGCCACCUUACACGGCGGUACUUACGAUAUGAUCGCGUGGAACUAUACGGGCCAAAACGCCUAUGUGUGGCGCGAGACGGACGACCCAACCCCAUCAGACCUGGUUCUUAUGGUCGAUGGCAACUAUGUGCGAGGUACCAACAUGCAGGCGUUCAAUGCCAACUCGCAAUGGAACACAAAACAAAACUACACCUCCCACCGCGUCAGUUUUGGUAUGCUCAUGGCCAAAGACAUGACUCUCGAUGUGCAUGCGAUCACGCUUACUCAAGGGUUGGUAACCAAUGCCUCAACAAUGGACGAUGUCUACAUUUACUCAGACCAGUUUGUGGUGGAUGGCCAACUCAACCCCAACUUUGAUUGGACUGCCAACGGGGGAUCUGGCGGCCGGACUGCCCAAAAAGUGGGCUGGGAAGUGUCCACUACACUUGAAGCAGCUGUCAACAAUAGCAAUAGCUCACCUCAACCUCCAAUCAACUAUACUUCCGCCGCCUUGAACUGGAACCAAGAGAACCUCACUGCCCAGGUCUCUGUCAAUAUUCCCCACAACACGUCUUAUGCCAUUGUCCAUGGCAGUCUUGGGUCAGGUUGGGGAAGAUGGGCCUUCACGUUUAACCAGCCAAUCCCCUGGCCCGUCCCCCCACAGGAUACUGGCGUGUUGCUUGAGUCUGACAACUUCACGGUCUUUGUGGAUGCGGACUUCAUGUACAACAUCGCCGACGUCCCCCUCCUGACCGUCCCCCUGGACCCGACCCUGCAAUACAAUCUCGUGAUAAACCAGGCCUAUAACGCCACUGCCAUGGGCCAUCUCUCGUCCCUCACAUACUACUCCGCCAUUGCAAACUCUUCGCAAACCGACACAUCCGGUACCUCAAGUCCCAAUGCACCUGCUGCCAACUCUGCAUCGUUGCAGCUGAGCAAAGGAGCAAUUGCCGGCGCGGUGGUGGGCGGCAUCAUUGGCGCUAUUGCAAUUGCAGCCGCGUCGUGGUACUUGGGCGCCUACUGCAGGUCCCGUCGCAGAAGGAAGAUGUCACAGGCAGACCCGGCCACCUUUGAGAUUGAUCACAAUGUCGAGGCAACCCCAUUCACUGACAACGGCGGAUAUUCCGAUGUUUCAACCUCUGUUACCGGCGGAACGAGCAAGAAUGCGCGUACCUCUUCGGAACCCGAAUACCGUACCCGUCAACCUAUCAUCGAAGAAGAUGCAGAUGACGCAGGCAUCAUGGGCGACGACGGCCUCGAGCGCCUCCCACCCAUCUACCAGCCCCGCUGGGCCAACGCCAAGGCCACUGCUGGCGACAACCUGCUCCAUGGACCGACAGGCGACGACUGGUCAUCCAUGGCUGGCUCAUCGGUUGUCGAAUCCACCAGCGGCGCCCCACUUAUGCGCGAGAGCACGAGAACGGGGGUCACAGGAGUCGAUUACUCGACUACUGCCUCAACUCGCUCAACGGACCCUCGAUACUCGGACGCCAAGGAUGAGGUCCUGGGUUUGCCUCUGCCGCCUGGAGCGGCGGCCCCGGAAGGGGGUGACGGGCCCCUCAUGUUUACACCCAUGAUGUUUGGUCCUGAUGGGGCUAGCAAGCCGCCGAGGGGAGAGUAA